AGCAUAUGGAAAAACCACACUUUACCAUACAUUUUAGCAAGGAAUUUCUAAAAUGUAUUAAAAAGUUUGAUUCAACAGCAUCAAACAAUGUGAAAAGAGUCAGCGCUAUUACAAUCACAGACUCUUGGUCGCCAACCUAGGUAUAUUCACAGCUAAACAUGCAUUUGAAACUGUCAGAAAACAGAAAGAUUAUGGUCGUUUGACCAGUAUUAUGUCAUGCUAUCUUAGCCUGAUAACAGCCCUAAUGUGAACAUGGCAAAAUAUCAAGAAUUGUGGGAGAUUAGAUAUAUACUGUAAAAUGUUAUUAUCCAUCAUGACAAAAUGUGCAAGACAUUGUCUCUGCGACCAAGAGGAGAGCCUCAAUUGUUUGGUCAAUGACACCACAAUUGGCCAUGUCCACGAACAGUUUCCAACUAACUUUGUCACCACUGCUGAAAAACAUCCUUGGGGAACCACUGAUGUUGCUUGAGGUUCAUACAAAGUUGAAUAUGCCAGUGAAUAAUUUUGUGUUUCCUUUGGCUCGGUAACUAAUCAGUCUUUUUUUUCUGGGGUCCUUCAUGUCAAACCGCCUCCACUCUAAAGACAUGUGCUUUGUAGACUGAAGCUUUGCAGAGCUAGAUUCCAAGCCACCCAACCCACCCAGCCCAGCCAACACAAAAUAUUAUUGAAUGGUGCUUUUGUGACGGAGUGUUGCAGAGGGAGUGCUGAUUGCUCAAGCGCGUGCUGUGAGGAGAAGAUAAGCUGCUGCUACUAAUGGUUGUUGGUAGACAGAGCAGACGGAAGGCAAGCGGAGCUGAUGAGGCGAAGUUUGAAGCCUGAUCCUCGCAACCCAGACGGACAGGAGGGAGGGACGGACUCACCAGACCAAGACAGGAUACAUGAUCAGACUAGUUGAACACGAUUAUUCUCCUUUUUUGAUGGGGGGGUAAAAAAAAGAAACCCAGGGCAGUUCUUGGAAUUGUGCUUUGGACACCAAAAUAGUUUUUGAGGAACAAAAUGCUUGUGAAAUUUGUUUGUACUGACGAAUGUGAUAUAAAGCUACAAGGGUGGAGGAGAUCUUGCGAGGAAGCUGGUGAACACCAGAGAGCUGAGGGGGCACUGAGGGGAAGACCCAGUCACAAGCGUCAGGAUGCAUCUUGCGGUGGAGCCCUCGCAGGAAGCCAUGCUUACCAUGCUGCCACACUUUGUGGAGAACGCAGUGCUCACCCAGAGAGAAAUCUGCCGAAUGUAAGUCCGUCGCACACGAUCCUGCCGGAACAACUUGUACAGAAAAAAGUGAAGUGAAGCCUCAGCGAGAGCUUUUUCAUGGUGAAAGGAGCUGCGCUCUUCCUACAGCAGGGUACCAACACACAGGGCCCUAAAACCCCGACACACCACAAACACGCAGGGGACUUACCUCAACACCUGCAGGUCAUGAUAAACACCCUGCGCUCUGAGGACCGCAUUAAGCUGGCUGUACGGUUAGAGAGCGGCUGGUCAGACCGGGUGCGGUACAUGGUUGUGGUCUACACCAGUGGGCGCCAGGACACCGAGGAGAAUAUCCUGCUAGGGAUGGACUUCACGGAUAAGGACAGUAAAAGCUGCUCUAUCGGGAUGGUGCUACCUCUCUGGAGCGACACCAAGAUCCAUUUAGAUGGAGAUGGAGGAUUUAGUGUAACCACUGGAGGACGGUCGCAUGUCUUCAAGCCAGUCUCUGUGCAGGCCAUGUGGUCUGCCCUGCAGAUCCUCCACAAGGCCUGUGAGGUUUCUCGCAGAUACAACUACUUCCCUGGGGGCAUGGCGCUCACCUGGAUGGGCUUCUACGAGAGCUGCAUCACCUCAGAGCAGAGCUGCAUCAACGAGUGGAACGCCAUGACCGAUCUGGAGACCAUGAGGCCUGACUCACCGGCCAUGUUCGUCGACCGGCCGACAGAGAGGGAGAGAACGGAGUGUGCGAUCAAAGCCAAACUGCGCAGCAUCAUGAUGUUCCGGGACCUGGAGAAUGUUACUUCCAAGGAGAUCAGAGUGGAGCUGGAGCAACACAUGAGCUGUAACCUGAAGGAGUACAAGGAGUUCAUCGACAACGAGAUGCUACUGAUCCUGGGUCAGAUGGACAAGGCCACGCUCAUCUUUGACCACCUCUACCUGGGCUCGGAGUGGAAUGCCUCUAAUCUAGAGGAAUUGCGGGACUGUGGUGUGAGCUACAUCCUCAACGUGACCAGGGAGAUAGACAACUUUUUUCCAGGCACGUUCUCCUAUCACAACAUCCGGGUUUAUGACGAGGAGACCACAGACCUUCUGUCGCACUGGAACGAGACAUACAACUUCAUCGUCAGAGCCAAGAAGAACCAGUCUAAAUGUCUGGUUCACUGUAAGAUGGGUGUCAGCCGCUCCGCCUCCACCGUCAUAGCGUACGCAAUGAAAGAGUACGGCUGGAGUCUGGAGAAGGCUUACAACUUUGUGAAGCAGAAGAGGAGCAUCGCUCGGCCCAAUGACGGUUUCAUGAGGCAGCUGGCAGAGUACGAGGGCAUCCUGGAUGCUAGUAAGCAACGCCACAACAAACUGUGGAGGCCCGAGGGUGGGGAGGACAACCCAGACGAGGCGUCUGGCCAGUGUUGUGGCGGCGAGGAGACCCCGGUGGAGGACGAGGCCUGGGGCGGUGAAGGGUGCGGGGCCUCGCCCUGCCGAGUCAUGGGCCUGGACGCGGAGCCGCUGGACCCACUCAACUACAACUACUACUUCAGACGGCUGUCGGACACGGCUCUGGACAGUGAACCGUCCACCCCGGUCCGCGGGCCUCCCCUGCUGGGCAUGGAGAGUGUGUUCAUCGAGAUCGAGGACGUGGAGCGGGAUGCCCUGCUGGAGGACGAGGGCUUCCCCAUGGCCCAGCUGGCUCUGCCCGGGGAGGGCACCGCCGCCCAGACCUGCGGGGGCCGCCUGGAGCCCCUGGAAGACAUGAGGCUACGGCUGGAGUUCAGCACGGUGGAGGAGGAAGAUGAGGAGGAGGCGCAGAAGGAGGAGGCAGAGAUGGCCGCCCUGGCCCGGACUCCCGCAGGCGGAGAGGCAGGGGCGGAGGAUGACGAUAGGAAGGAGCAAGUCAACGUGAACCGUUUCAACAAUGAGAACGCCAACAACAGCAACCGCCUGGCUGCCAAGCGCAGCUGCCCCGCUGCCUUCGACGACAGUGCUAGCACAGGAAACCCUUACAAAGUGAAGCCUUCCUACCAGUCAUGUAAAGACUGCCAGCGUCUGCCACCAGGGCGGCGCUGUGAGCGCCCCGCCGGAGGCCGCGCCCACCGCCUUAACCCUGCACGCCACUGCGGGGUGGUCCCUACCAUCUCCAUAGACCCCCCUGGCACCCAUUUUGCUAACAACCCGGCCCCCCUGUCCCCCUCCCUUCCAGCCACCAUUGCACGCCUUGAGGCCUACCGGCAACGCCUGGUGUCACCCAUGAGCUGUGAGGAGCUGCCCCGGGACAGACACUGUUCCCUGGAGACAGAGGACAUGGACGAGCUGCAGGAGGACGAGGAGGACGAUGAGGAGCAGGAGCCGAAGCCCGGCAGGGAGGCUGGGAGUGGAGCCAUCACCGAGCUCACCUUCAUGAAGCUCAGCCUGGAGGGGGAGAGGCCAGUGGGACAGCCUCCUGCUGAGGGGGUGGAGUUGCAGCUCACCGGCGUGGAGAUGGAGCCUCCUGGUGGUGAAGUGGAGGUUCAGCAGGAGGUCCUGGCCCAGCUCCAGCGUACAGGGAUGGGGCUGGUGAGGCAGAGAGCAGAGCAGCUGGAAAGGCUUUCAGUUCUAGCUGUUGAGGGGCCCCUCUCCAGGGCUGGGCUGGCUGAGCAGAUGGACCUGAGCUUGGCAGUGGAGGAGAUGGAGAUGGAGGUGGAAGGGGAAAUAGGGUUGCAUUCUGACACCCCCUUCCACGGUGCGGUCACAGCCCAGGACCCCCAGAUGAACCCUCCCCUGGUGCCUUACCCCGAGGGCUCUUCCCAGACCUGGACCCCUGUUUCCUCCCCUCACGGCUCAACCCUCACUCGUAGCUCCAGCAGCGACAGUAUCCACAGCAACCGCGGUGAACGUCCAGGCCUGGUCCAGCAGCGCACCCAGGAGAUCGAGACCCGCAUGAGGCUGGCCGGCCUGACCGUCCCCUCCCCACUCAAACGCUCCAACUCCCUGGCCAAACUGGGAGGCCUCACGUUCUCCACCGAGGACCUCUCGGACCUAGCCGUAGACCAGGCCGGGCUGCUGUCCGCUGACCCCCCAGCCUGCCUCUCCACACCAGGGAGAGGAGAGCCGUCCGAGCCCCCGUCCACCCCCUGGAGCUGACUGAGUGUUUCCAGUGUCUGCCACCGAGGCAGGUUCCAUGUGUCUAAACACACAGCGUGUGGGAGCACAGCUGACCGCAUCCCGGAGACACGCCCGGAGAUUCCUGUCUGUCUCCUCGGACAUAUUAUCAACACAUUGGCUGGAAGAAAGAAAAAGUACAAGAUAAUUAUUAUUCCUGUUAUGUAUGUACUGUUUAUCAAUCCAAAUAAGAGCGGUGAACUACUGGAGAACUGUUGAAGACACUCCGAAGGAGCUCAAUGAAUGUUUGCAACUGAGCCUGUGUUUUGAUUCAUUUGUCAUCUCCUGAUGUGCUCCUGAGCAGACUGACUGUUACAAGCUUGUUUUUGGGUUUUUUGGCGCCACCAAACAAUAACUUAAUUAUGUGACUGUGUUCAUGCCUCUUCAAGCAAAGCGGUGUUCUUCGGCCGGAAACACAAGCAUCUUCAACACUGUUUUGGUCAGAGACUCGUUGACUUGCCUCUCGGCUCUUCCAGACCUCCUUCGUUGAUGUUCUUAAUGUAAUAAUGUCUUGAACCGUGGUCAGUAGUCUGUUCAUGGCAGUGUAGUGUUACACAGCACAUCCUUGUCGUCACAGCUAGAGCUUCCACUUCAGCAGAUUGACAGGGCUCAGAUACUUGCUAAGGAUGAUGGGAAGGAACACGGUGACAGAAAAAUACUGAAGAAAUAUUUUUUGGGGCAUUCCCCUGGUAUCAUUUUAUAUUCCUUUGCUAGAUUAUUAGGAGCAGGUUUCAUUUUGCGACAGUUUCACCGCUGGUGGGAAAUGGCAAUUGGUAAAGGUUCCGUAAACUGAUUGAGAAACUGUCAUCAUUCUUGCAGGGUUUGAUAGGAUGUGUGGGCAACUAAAAGUGUUUUGAGACUGGAUUUCACAAAUCUCCCAUUCUCACAGAUGGCCGUCCUCCUCUUCAGACCAGCUGUAGUCAAAGCCAUACCAUGUAUUUGACGCCAUGCCUUUCCUCCGUCAUCUCUUUAGCACUCUCAAAAGGCAAUCAAAUACAGUAAGUCACGAUGACUAGCCCCUUUUAGCAUUUGAGUCGACCUCUGUCUUCUACAUGCUAGUACGUCCUCUCCUCCUAUUCCCUAUUUUUACAAUUGCGGUACUGUACUGUAGAUUGGGCGCUUUGUGAACCCUGUCAUGCCACAACAACACUACCUUCAUUUGUACUGUUAAAAAAACCUGAAUCGUUGCCAUACAUUGAACAGCUUGUUUUUCCUCCCCCAGAGCUGUGGGCUCCAAAUGUGGCCCGACAGUGUCUGAUUUGAGCAGCACAGCCUCUGAGUUAGCCUCUGAUUCAACUGGAUCUGGUAGUGGCUGAAGAAAGAACUGGCUUUCCUGAGCAUCAUGCAUUAGCACGGCAACGCUAGCAGCAGAACAACUACCAACAACUACAGGUUGAGGAAUUGGAACAGACCGUGAGUGGUCACUUCCAGUUUCUGUGGGAGAAAAGAUCACUGUAGUUAGUAGGAAUGUUCCUUACAGCAGACAUGAAGAAACAUUCAACACAGUUUGUAGAGCAGCAUCACAGUAUUACAGCCCAAAUCUGACUGCUGUUCUAACAAGGUUUCCUUAUCGUAUCCUUUUUAUCACUUAGAGUAUUUAUUUUGUACUUGUAUUUAUAAACUGGCACAUAUUAUGCAGGGUUCUUUGCGGCCAGCCUAAACUUACUUUGCCAAAAGGUUGUAGUUAUGCUUUGAAAGUUGUUUGUGUGUGUGUGUGUGUGUGUGUGUGUGUGUGUGUGUUUGUGUGUGUGCAGGCGCAUACAAGUUUCUAGAGGUUCUAAUCAUGGUUGUGAUGUGUGUGCUGUGGGAAGAUCUGAAACCUGUCGGUCAGUCUGAGCGCUAAGGAACUGUUUCUCCUUUAAAAGAGGGUGUCAAUCAAUGUUUCACUGGACCUGUACAUACACUAAGUGGUGGCCAUUGAUACGGUAAGCGUCACGCAGCCGGGACUGCGCUUGAUAAUAACCGAACAAAGGACAUGGAAAUGACUCUUAAUCAGCCGAGUGUCUCCGCUUGGGUUACCCUGGUGAAUGUGGUCAGGAUUAGGUUCGCAGAAGUGCAGGUGAAAGCAUAUUGUGUUUUGGUGUUUGGCCACAUAAUUAUGGACUGGGUUCUGUGAUCAGUCAACACUAUGUGGCUCAUGACAUACGGCACUGGAAUCAUUUGCCUGAGAUGACUGGUAGUCAGUGAUCCAGCAGGCUUCAUUCACAGGUAAUGCAGUUAUUAGUUAGUAGGGUUGACACUGGGAUUGACCUGAACCCCCCCCCCCCCACACACACACACACACACACACACACACACACACCCUGCCAUGUAGAUCAUUUGGGUUUGUGCUUGAUUCCAACCAACUGUUAUAAUGCAUUCAUGUGUUUGUUAUAAUCGUGACGUAUCUUCUGACACCAACUGGUUCUGAAGGUUUACAGACUAUCCUGUAUACCGUAUAUAGAGUGGAGGGAUAUGGAACAUUUCCUGAUAUUGUGAUACGGUUCUGAUGACGUUAUUAAAGACGAUAUUUAGGUUUGGGCUCAGUGGAACGUCUCGCUCAUAGCAGUGACCCAGUCGGCUACGUGUUGGAGGACCGAAGUCAGCCAACAUCUCAGUCACCGCUGAAGCUAUGCUUAAAGCUGCUGCGCUAUGUUCAAUUCGCGUCCUUGUUUUUAUUUUGUGUUUCUUUUACGUUUUCUACAUAAGUGCCUUAUCUCUGGCCUUGGCCACGUCUGUCCUGGCUGUCUAUGAAAAGGACACUUGACCUCUGCCUCCAAAAUAAAUAUCAUGAAGCCCCUUGUCGGGUACAUAUUGACAGGCACAGUUCACGUGUUCAGACGCUUGCACUCGCACACAGGCAUUUGCUAGAAAUGCUCAUCAAUUGCUAAUGCUUUUUUUCUUUUAUUGAGACCAAAGUCUGGGGGUUUAUUUAAACAAGUGGGCAAAAAACUAAAAGAUCUACAUUCCCGGGGACGGGUUCAACCGCCUUUAAAGACAAUCCUUAAACUGGUCAAUGCUUUGAGAGCGUGAGAGAGAAAGCUAGGUAUAGAAAACAGAGAUGUAGGAAGAGGGGGAAUGUAACAUAAUACAUGUUGUCUUAUUUCCCCGAGGUUCAUUCCUUAUCAUAAACAAACAUUGCAGAUGUUUUAUUUCAGAAGAGGCAUUUAGUGAGUGAGAAACCUCUAAAACAUAAUCAUGUUGAGGGUGAGUUUUGUUACAUUGAUUGUUUUUGUUAAUAUAAUUAUUUUAUUUUUUAAGCUGUUAUUGUGUAAUGCACUGUUUUUGUUAAAAGGAUGUCCAGUCAAUGUGUAUCAUGGGAAUAAACCAUUUCCUCUGCAUAUCCA